AUGGUUCGGAAUACAUUAGGCGAAGUACAAUUACGUCAUCAAGUUCUGUAUGAUCGAAGAAUACAUGGCCAGCCAUUUAAUCCUGGGGAUAGAGUGUGGCUUUAUUCAACUGUGAUCCCAAAGGAUGGACAUCGUAAAUUGCACUACCCCUGGACUGGCCCAUAUCUCAUCCUGGAGCGACUAUCUGAUGUUAAUUAUAAAAUUCAGAGUGUCAGUAAUCCACCACGCAUUGUCAUCGUUCAUUUUGAUAGAUUGAAGUUAUGUGUACCUAGGACCAGAUUUCAGAGGGAGACCCUUCCAUCUCUGCCCAUGGACAAUACCAGACCACCACAGAAUGUUGGUGAUUAUGCGGAGCUUGUUGAGAAUGAGGACCCUCCGGUUCCCAACAAUCAGGCUCCACCCCAUGCCACUCCUCCAUCUCCCCCUCCUCGUUAUCCCCGUCGUACCCAUCGCCCACCGGACUGGCUCAUAUUACACUGA